UCAGGACUUUCGUCGGCGAUUUAUAAUUAAAUCACAGUAACUCGGGACAGACCGAAAAAAACGGAGAGCAAAAAACAGAAAGCUUAAAAGAGAAUUCGGGGGGUUAAGCCUCAAAACCCCAACUGCAGUGGAGAGCAAAAUCAUUUUUAUUGACAUUCAUCUUAGUUGCUGUCGCCCGUCGCCUGUCAAUGUCCCUUUAUCCCUCGGUACACCCCAAAAACCCCACUUUAUAGCCCCCUAAGUCCCCCGAUUCCCGGUACUCGUGUGUCGCGUGUUGCAAGUGCGUGGGUCUCCCAUCAAAUCACUGGAUAUAUCAAGCGGUACGACACGCGCGCCGUUUUUGAUUUUUCGCUUAGCGGCACAGAAAUUGGGUCUCGCAAAAAAGUACGGAGAAUCGCUUGAAAGGAAGGGAAUAUUCGGAAAAUAAACGGAAAAUCGGGUACACACACAAACACGCACUUGUACAUUGUGUUUAAUGCAUUUGGCCCGUCUGGCCUAAGCAAUUCGGAGAUAUGUAAAUUAUGCCAAAUUCUAUUGGAAUUUUUGUCAACGCCAGUGAAUUGGUAAACAGCAGCCGCCGGAGCAAGAGGAAGAGCGGGUCGCAGGACGCGGGACGCAGGACGCAGGACUAAACCAACAGUAACAGCAACAAGGACAGGAGCAACAGCAGCAGAAGCACCAGAAGCAGCAACAAAACUGGAGAUUUUGGCGCACUUCCUUUGAGUCAUCACUGCCGUUGAGCACUAUUUAAGAAUUCUUGAAAGGAUACCAGUAGCAUCGGCCCCCAGAAGGACCAACUUUCCACUCGAAGCAAAUUAAAAGAAAAGAACUCAGCCAAGCUGGAGGAGGAGGACAAAAAGCGGCAAAAUCAAUAGUGCCGAAGAAGUGUGGCCAAAGUGCUGAGUAAUGUGGAGUAAUGGAGACCUUUUUGCUGGCGGCGGCAACAUGAUGUGAAACAUGGCAAUCGAAUCAGCCAAAGCCAUUUAGGGUCAUCAAUUGCCAGGGUCGUGGAAAAUCGGCAGCAGGAGCUCCGCACGAAGCCAUAUGCACCGCAGCAUGGAGAGCAGGAGGAGCAGGACCCCGAGGGCUCUGCCAGUCUGCUGGAUUCUGGUGUGCCUGGUGGCCUGGACUUUGGCGGAUGACUGGUCCCUGAGCUGCGCCUCCAACUGCACCUGCAAGUGGACCAACGGCAAGAAGUCGGCCAUCUGCAGCUCCCUGCAGCUGACCACCAUUCCGAACACCCUGAGCACGGAGCUCCAGGUGCUGGUGCUGAACGACAACCACAUUCCGUAUCUCAACCGGGAGGAGUUCUCCACUUUGGGGCUGCUCAAUCUGCAGCGCAUUUACCUCAAGAAGUCCGAGGUGCAGUACAUACACAAGGAGUCCUUUCGCAAUCUGAAGAUCCUGGUGGAGAUCGAUCUGUCGGACAACAAGCUGGAGAUGCUCGACAAGGACACCUUCAUGGGAAACGAUCGCCUGAGGAUACUCUUGAAUGGGAAUCCCCUCAAGCGGCUGGCUGCCUAUCAGUUUCCCAUUCUGCCCCACCUGCGCACCUUGGACAUGCACGACUGCCUGAUCUCGUACAUAGAUCCCAUGUCCCUGGCCAACCUCAAUCUGCUGGAGUUCCUCAACCUGAAGAACAACCUGCUGGAGAGCCUCAGCGAGUAUGUGUUCCAGCACAUGGCCAACUUGAAGACGCUCUCCCUGGAGGAGAAUCCCUGGCAGUGCAACUGCAAGCUGCGAAAGUUCCGCGGCUGGUAUGUCAACAGCCGCCUGAGUUCCGUGAGUCUGGUGUGCAAGGGUCCGCCUGCCCAGAAGGAUCGCUCUUGGGACAGCGUGGACGACGACCUCUUUGGCUGCCCUCCGCGGGUGGAGAUCUUCAACAACGAAGAGGUGCAGAACAUCGAUAUCGGAAGCAAUACCACCUUCAGCUGCCUGGUGUAUGGGGAUCCCUUGCCGGAGGUGGCCUGGGAGCUGAAUGGAAAGAUCCUGGACAAUGACAACGUGCUCUUCGACUCGGAGAGCAUCUCCUCGGACAAGCUGUGGAGCAACCUGACCGUCUUUAACGUGACCAGCCUGGAUGCAGGAACCUACGCCUGCACGGGCUCGAAUUCCAUCGGCAGUAUGACCCAGAACAUCAGCAUCUACCUCAGCGAGAUCGUUCAGCAUGUGCUGGAGAAAACACCCGAGACCUUCUGGUAUUUCGGCCUCAUCAUGGGCAUCUUUGGCACCGUCUUCCUGCUGAUCUCCAUCUCGUUUGUGGUCUGUCUGUGCAAACGCACCACCCGCCAGCAUCGUCAUGCCAACAAGGCGGGCGUGAAGUCCAGUGUUAGCUUCAAUGAUCAGGAGAAGAAACUGCUGGACUCGAGUGUCACCACCACCACCAAUGACCGAGGUGACAGCUAUGGCAUCGACAACCAGCCCACUUCCAUUGGCAUGAACAAGGCGGACUCGGCCGGAAUGGGUUUCAACCAGAUAGAGAUCCAUGCGGUGGACAGUCACCGCCACGGGAGUAUGUUGGUGCAGCAACAGCCUCAGCAGCAACAGAUACAAGGAGGUCCGGGAAUGCGACAGCAGCUGAUGCAGGUGAAGGAUCCGACCUGCGGCAUGAUGAGUGUGCCCACCUCGAUGGCUGGCCACACCCACUCGCAUCCCUCCCAGAUCUCCGAGGAGUUCCCGCUGAACGUGGGCGUCUUUCCACCGCCGCCAGAGUUCUGCUCGAACAUAGUCCCGAAUCCCGCUUUCGGGGGCAAUAUCUUCAUCCGGGUAUCUGUCACACAAGACAUGCUGGAUGGUGCGGACUUGAACAUGUAUCCGGAUCUGCUGAACAUUCCCAAGAGGAUGCAGGACGUGCAAGAGAGUGGUGCUGGCACAGUGGCCGUGCCAGAGGGUCAGUUUGCCACUCUGCCGAGACAUACAGCCAGGAGGGGUAUUCUCAAGAAGGACACCUCCUUGCAGCAACAACAGCAGCAGCAGCAGCAACAUCAACAGCAGCAGCAGCAGCUCCAGCAGCAACAGCAACUUCAGCAGCAGCACCAGCAACUCCAACAGCAACACCAGCCAUCCGGACUAUACACCCAUGAUGAGAUUGUGACCUACAACCUGGAGGCCAGUGGCUAUGACCCCCACCAGUCGGCGUACCACAGCAAUCCCAUGGAGCUGCCGCCACCGCCGCCUCCGCCCGCCGUAACAGCAGUGGUGCAGUGCCACCACCCGAGUCCCAGCAACUGUGCCAGCUGCAUCAACAAUGCACAGCAGCCGCCCUCCGCCUGCCAAACGCCGCCCGUCGAGGUCACGCCCAUGAGGCCGCUGGACAGUUCCGCCUACCCCAAGUACGACAACAUGGGACGACGGAUCACGGCGAGCGGAGGACUCGGUGGCUCCAACCUCUCCCUGCCCGACGAAGAGCGGUACGAGAACGAGACACUAUUCGGCCAGGCGGAUGGUCAACCCACGGGAAUUCCCGAGCAGUCGCAGGAUCUUCACCAGCCGCAGGAGGCGACUCAGGGCCAGGACAAGGGCGGCGGUCCUGGCGAGUUCGUGUCGCUCUAGUAUUACGGUACCCAGGUGUAAAUAGGUCAAUAGAUUCGUGUCGUCCCCCACAACCCCUGGGAAAUCUUUGGCAAUCGUUUUGUUCAUAUCAGUUUGAGAAGCGAGUGCUCUAAAUGAAUAUAUGUAUAUGUAGAAACCCACACAAUCUAUUGACUGUAUCACAGAAUCCUGAAGAACUUGAAAACAACGAGCAAUUCACACAGAAUCAAAGGAAAUCGGACUGGACUGUUUGGAUUUUCAUUUAAAAGGGCUUUAUCGGACGGAUCUUAAAAAUAUUGAU